CAGGCGUGGCUUUGACGGGGCGUGACCUGUGGCUCCGCCCCCUUCCGCGAGCUCAAAGCGGACUGCGGCCGCGGGGGCGGGGUCAGAACACGGGUGGCCGAUCCCAACGCGGUUCUGUGGGGCCAGCCACCGAGCAGCGCCUCGGCGGGGCCGAGCAGGAGCAGGCACCAUGGAUUCCUUCAAGGUGGUGCUGGAGGGGCCUGCACCUUGGGGCUUUCGGCUGCAGGGGGGCAAGGACUUCAAUGUGCCCCUCUCCAUCUCCCGGCUGACUCCUGGAGGCAAAGCUUCACAGGCAGGCGUGGCUGUGGGUGACUGGGUGCUGAGCAUUGAUGGUGAGAAUGCGGGGGGCCUCACACACAUUGAAGCCCAGAACAAGAUUCGUGCCUGUGGGGAGCGCCUCAGCCUGGGUCUCAGCAGGGCCCAGCCGGCUCAGAGCAAACCGCAGAAGGCCCUGGCCCCUGCCGCGGACCCCCCGCGGUACACCUUUGCACCCAGCGCCUCCCUCAACAAGACGGCCCGGCCCUUUGGGGCGCCCCCGCCCGCUGACAGCGCCCUGCAGCAGAAUGGGUGCAGACCCCUGACAAGUCAACAGCCGCUCCGGCCGCUGGUUCCAGAUGCCAGCAAGCAGCGGCUGAUGGAGGACACAGAGGACUGGCGGCCUCGGCCCGGGACAGGCCAGUCCCGUUCCUUCCGCAUCCUUGCCCACCUCACGGGCACCGAGUUCAUGCAAGACCCGGAUGAGGAACACCUGAAGAAAUCAAGAUCUUGCAGCCAGGUGCCCAGGACAGAAGCCCCAGCCCCAGCUUCAGCUACACCCCAGGAACCCUGGCCUGGCCCUACCACCCCCAGCCCCACUAGCCGCCCACCGUGGGCUGUGGACCCUGCAUUUGCUGAGCGCUACGCCCCAGACAAGACCAGCACGGUGUUGACCCGGCACAGCCAGCCAGCCACACCCACACCUCUGCAGAACCGCACCUCCAUCGUGCAGGCAGCCACUGGAGGAGGCACAGGAGCAGGUGGUGGCAGCAAUGGCAAGACUCCCGUGUGCCACCAGUGCCACAAGGUCAUCCGGGGCCGCUACCUGGUGGCACUGGGCCAUGCAUACCACCCUGAGGAAUUUGUGUGCAGCCAGUGUGGGAAGGUCCUGGAAGAGGGCGGCUUCUUUGAGGAGAAGGGUGCCAUCUUCUGCCCCCCCUGCUAUGAUGUGCGCUAUGCACCCAGCUGUGCCAAGUGCAAGAAGAAGAUCACAGGCGAGAUCAUGCAUGCCCUAAAGAUGACCUGGCAUGUGCACUGCUUUACCUGCGCGGCCUGCAAGACGCCCAUUCGGAACAGGGCCUUUUACAUGGAGGAAGGCGCACCCUACUGCGAGCGAGACUAUGAGAAGAUGUUUGGCACGAAAUGCCGGGGCUGUGACUUCAAGAUCGAUGCAGGGGACCGCUUCCUGGAGGCGCUGGGCUUCAGCUGGCAUGACACUUGCUUCGUGUGUGCGAUAUGCCAGAUCAACCUGGAAGGAAAGACUUUCUACUCCAAGAAGGACAAGCCCCUCUGCAAGAGCCACGCCUUUUCCCAUGUGUGAGCCCCUCCCAUCCACUGCUGCCUCAUCCAGCCCAGCCAGAGGGAUUGCCAGUUCUUGAGUCAUCACCCCAGAUUUCUGGAUAGAGUUGGCAAAGGUCACCCCAACCCCAAUUCCUGGCCUGAGCCUGGGGUUCCCUGGGCCCUGCCCUACCCCCUCCAUUUCCCCCCACUCCCUCCACCACCACCACACAUCGGUGCUGGCCACACCAGUCCCUGUUCACAUUCAGUGCCACAAUAAACCUAUAUCCAGCUAUG